AUGUAUGAAGCCGCACUACCCGUUGCUCCUGAUGAUUCUCAUCAUCGUCGAGGCUUUGGUGAUGGUCCACUAUUAUAUGUAUGUUGUACGUUGUUAAUUCUUUUCGUAGUAGCUGUUACUAUUGUUCUUUUGUUGAUACCAGUUUAUUUGCCAAAAGAAGCUUUUCCAUCGAGUGAAUUUAAUGAAACUUGUUAUGUUCUUGGCGAUUACCGUGGUUCAUUAGGUAAUGAUCGUCAAUUAGAUGCAACAGAAUGUCAAUAUCUUGCACAAACGCUUGAACAAAAACUUGGCUUACCAGCUGGUACAAUUACUAUCGAUGAAGCUGCAAUUGCAACAACACCAAGAAAACGUAAACGUCGAGGAUAUGAUCCUGCACGAUUUCGUCGUGGUGAAACAUCUCGUGGUUUCCAACGACUUUAUAUAAUUUUACGACUAGAAAUUGUUAAAUGCUUUCAAUGUAAAGUACAUCUUAAACCUUUCAUCAUAAUUUUAACAUUGUCCUUUGAGGGAAAUACAUUUACACAACCUAUUGCUAUAAAUAUGUGUACUACACCUUUUACAAUUCCGGCACUCAUGCCUCCUAUUACUGUUACAGUUCAAACAACUACAAGUGCGAACGAAAAUAUAGGUGUUACUUCAAAUGCAAUCGGUUAAUUUUAUCAAAAAGAUAUUUAUUGUACAUAUAUUUUUUUAUCUUGAGCAUGUAAUAAGAGAUUUAUUAUUAUUCAAAUUGAUUAUGAUAUUUGCAUAUAUAUUGUAAGUUCGAUUAUAAAUGAAAUAUAUAUUACUGACGAUAGUACAGUCUACUAUUAUUUAUCAUUAUAUGUCUUAUCGAAAAGAAACAUAGAAAGAGAUUCAAACGAUUUGUUAUUUUUGUUUUCUUUUAAUUCAACAGUAAAAUCUAAUUCUCUCUACUUUUAAGUUACUUGAUCGAUGUACACCUUGAUUUGUAUGAAUGACUAAUAUAUUACUCAUAUUCAUUUUUAUGUCAAAUAACUUUCAAUACAUUACAGUGUAUUAAAUGAUGAUAAAUGAUUCAUAAAUAGAAAAAAAACACAAUUAUUACUUUGGAUUAUAAACAAAGGAGAAACAUACAAUAAAAAUUAUCGAACAGCAAAAUUUUUUUUAAGUAAAGUAACGCUUCAUAUUGCACAUGAAGAAAUGUAUACAGAGUAUUCCAAAAGUUCAUGUAAAUACGUCUCUUAUACAUUUUAAACUAUUUGGUUACUUUGGUUUUUUAAUAAUAUGAUAAUAUAUUUAUAUAUUUUAAAAUCUUUAAAAAAAUACACCAAUAAGUUUUUUUUUUUUUUCGAAUUAAUUUAUUUCCGUUAGAGGUCACUCAUGAACGAUGUUCGAGUAAGAAUUGCAUUUUUCGAUCUCCUCUUUGACAUUCAGUAGGGCCCGUUGGUCCAAAAUUUUCGGAUCCAAUUAACAGAAAACGCUGUUAGCGCAAUCCCUUGCGGGAUUAAAAAUGUGAAACACGAUGGAUCUAUUGUUACUAAUUAAAUGGAAGUCCUUUUGUUCCAUCUCGAUACGACACAUUUGUAGCUGACGGUAUAUCUGAUGCUUUACAACUACACUUUCUCUGUCACGGUCUGUGAUGGGUACCUGAAUUCUCUGUCACGGUCUGCGAUGGGUACCUGGCUUUUCUGUCACGGUUUAUGAUGGGGGAAUUACCUGUCUGUAACGGUCUGUGGUGGGGG